AUGACCAACGAAUACCCAGUUACCGCGACUUGCGGCGGAGACAGUCUCGGGCGCCUCGAUCAUGCCGUAGCUCUCAUUUCCCAAUGUUUCGAGCAGGAUCCUGCGGCAGCUUACUGGUUGAACGAUAAGCCUCACAAUGAGCGCAUCGCAUACCACCCACAGCUCUUCUACCACCUGUUGAAGCCCGCAGCCUUGCUCGGAGCGUACUUCCUCGAAGCUAACACUUGGGAGAGCACGGUCGUCAUGAUCCCACCCAAGAUCCGCACCGACAGCGUCUGGAUCAGCCUGCGCGCCGGCUGGCUGAAGAAUAUAUGGCACCUGGGCUAUGGAGGAUGCAAGCGCCUCAUCUUCGACUAUGCGGGCACUAUUGAGCGCGCGAAGAAGCGCCAUAUGGGCGACAAGCCCUACUUCUACAUCUUCCAGGUUGCCACGCUUGGAGAGCACCGCGGCCAGGGCCUCUCGUCCAUGCUGCUGUACAAGUGCACGGAGAUUGCCCAGGCCGCUCGCACGCCGAUUUGGCUAGAGGCAACGACCGAAGGGUCGAAGAGGGUGUACGAGCGCGUAGGCUUCAAGGUUAUGGAGCACAUGUCCGUGGGACGCGGCAAGUGCGAUGCCAACGGGGAGGCGGAGAGAGGGGGGGAUGGCCUCACGAUCUGGGGCAUGAAGUGGGUGCCGAGCUCGGUAGAGAUAUACAGCAUGCCAUACGAGGCGACCUAG